ACGAAAAAUGAGGUUUGGAUCUUGCUUUUUGCUUCAGCUUGUUUUUAUGCAGUUCUCCAGAUAGGAUGGAAAUAAAGAAGACAAAGUCAAAACUAGCAGAUUUGGCUAAAGAGAUUGCAUCAUGGGAAGAUGACCUGAGACGCAUUCCCUUACAUAAAGAACCAGAGAAAUCUAUUAGAAAUUCAGCUGUCAAGUAUAACAGAGAUAGCCUAGCUGAUCACCACAAUCUACCCGUCUUUGCAAGGAAGGCUCGAUGGGAGCGUUUAAUGAAUGAUGGCUCACGUCACACUGAACAUACUGUAGUUGGUGAUACAAAUAAAGCUCCUUCAUUAAUUCAACAAUCUGUGGCACCCAAAAUUCAAUCAGGUCAGGUUACUAGAGAAAAAGUUCUUACUUCCGUCACAUGUACCAAGGCUGACGUCCCCAGGGGAAGUUUAAGUCAUGCUGAAAGAGAAAGGCUUGAGCGAAUGCGAGAGCUGGCUGAAUUACGCCGAUCCCGUCGACCAGUUAUACCAACUCCUAAUUUAGGUUCAGUAUCUUCUGCAGACCCUCAUGAUUUAGAACCGGAAAAAGUUUCAUCCAGUUUUGCUUCAAAACAGGAGGAUGAUUUCUUGUUACCACCCCCUCCAUCACCCCCAAAUAUUUCAGCAAUUGAGAAUCCACUAGUUACUUCGCCCCACAAUACUCCCUGCGACAACUGUCAGCCUGUUUUAACGGAAGUUGUAAUGUGUGAUGAUGCUACUGUCCCGCAUCCCAGUCCUCCAAAGGAUAUGGAACUUAGUGAAGCUGAUUUUUCAAGCAGCAACACUUUCAUUAGUAAUACACAAUCCCCAAAUAUUCAUAAUGUCAAUUCAACGAAUGUAAAUCAAACAGAGUUGGAAGAAAUUAUGCAAACAACUAUAUCAACAACUCCAACCAUUGCACAUCCCUAUUAUUCACGUCCUAAAAUUGGUGUUAAACGUCGAUCAUCAUUUUCGGAAAGCUCAGUUGAUACCUUCCAUCAAAUUAUUCCGAGACAAAAAUCAGUUACAUUUCAAAGGACCACUUCUGAUAUUACAGAUGAAAGUGAAACUGACUUCAACUAUGAUGAUGAUGAUGAAGAUUGUCCAACAUCUUCAGAGUUCUCCAGUCAAUAUGAAUAUUUACCAGAACGAGAAAAACAUGAGGAUAAAAUAACACAAAAAAUGGAUUCCGAAAGUGUUGGUGAUUCUGAGUUGUCUGAUUUUUUGGAUACUAUAAUUCCAAGUGAUGAAUUAAAUAAUGAAUUAUCCAGUUUAUCUUCACAAGAUCAAAGUAAUAAUAAAGAGAAUCAUCCUGAUCAUCGUUACCAUCAACCAUAUUUUUCAAAAGAUGAUAGUGAUUUAUUGAUUAAUAACCGUAUAUCUCCAGUUCUACCACUAUCCGAGGCUGAACGACGUAUUCGAAGAUUGAACGACUUACCGAAAUUGAUACAAGCGGAACGUGUGGUUAUUUUACAGGCCAGUGCAGCACUACAACAGUGUGUCAGUAUUCCUUUUCGUAAAAGUCCUGAAGACUUUGACAGAAUACGUGAAUUGGGUCCAGGUUCUCGGGUUCAUGUAGAAGCUAGCAGAACGAUGCUGAUAGCUUGUCAGCGUCGUCAAGUAUUAAUGGAAGAACUUGCAUUAUUACAUAGAGGCUCUCCAGUUCUUGUACCACCUACACGCGGUGAUCCUAUACGUGCUCGUAUGAAACUAAACGCUAUUCGUUUAUCUCUUAAAACAUCUAACAUACCGAAUGAUCCUACAAGUGGAGGUGGCUAUGUUGUUGUUGGUACUGGACGAGAAGCUGGUGGUUGGAAUGUUCCUACUUUAAAAUCUCGUCCUGACAAUCAAUUAGGCCAACCGACAUGUUAUCAUUUAAUUGGUAUUAUAAAAUGCCGUGGUGAAGGUCGGUUGUAUCAUAGUGAACUAGUUACCUUAAUGCAUGUGAGCGACUUACCUGUGGGAAUGUACCGACCUGCUCCUUAUGUAGAUUUGCCGGCAAAGCUAGAGAUUGUACCAGUUAGACCAGAUUUUGUAUUUCAAUUAGAAAUUUACUGUAUGCGUACUGGAACAGAUAGACCUAUGAAUAAUUGUGCAUAUGGUUCACCUCGUAUACUUGGAACAUCAUUAGUUUAUGGCGAUGAUAUUAGUAAUGAUAAUGAUAGUAUGAAUAGUUUUAAAACUCCACAAAAUAAAUUAUUACAUUUAAAGAAUUCAAUAUCACCUGUUCCUUCAUCAAAUCAUAAAAAAUCACGAUAUGGUCAUACUUCUAAUACUGAAUUAACUCCUUGUGAAUCAGCAAGUCAUAUUUUAACUCAUUGUCUACCGUCAAGUUACUUUAAAACUACACCACAUAGUAAAACUUAUGAUAUUGAUCAUGGAAACAAUAUUGGACGUGACAAAAUUGCUGACUGUUUUCGAAGAGAUUGGUGGAAUGGGUGUAUGGCAAAGGUAUUGGUGUCAGCUACGAGCUGAUUAUCUACAUUUUUGGCGAUAUCCAGAAGAUGAACAACGAGCACAUUCUAACAAUGCAGUUAAUAAAAAACAUUUACAUCCACCACUGGGUAGAAUCGAUUUACGGCAUAUUGUUACACCUGGUGCUGUUAUAGCACCUCGUUCUAUUUGUGCUCGUGCAAAUACAAUUUAUAUGCGAUCACUUCGUGAAAUUGAUCCUAAUUGUUUAUCAGCUUCUAUUAAUAAUAAUAAUACUAAUAGUAGCAGCACUACAUCUGGGAUCGUUAAUAAAAAGAGGAGUUCAAAUGAAAGUCUGAUAUUCCGUGCUUCUACUGAUUAUAGAUGGUUGGAACAAAAGUGAGUUUUUUAUAGUUUACUGUUUAGAAUUAUUUUUGUUAAUAUAUCUAUGUUAACUUAAGAAGAAUACGAUUCACUGAUUCUAAUCAAAUUCUGUUCACAUCUGUUUUGUGCAUCUUGGAUGCUAUUUCUGACUCUCUCUAUAAUAUAUGAUUUGCUACGAGUUGUAUGACGAUAGACAGUGUGUUUGUUGUGAUCUUAUCUGACUCCAGAUACAUUAGUAAAGAAGAUCAAGGGAGAAUGGGGAUUUCUAUUGCUAAAAACAUAACAACAUUGCUUACAACUCAUAAAUGUUUUUAUGUUGGCCAGAUUGACCCAGGUAAUUUGUAAGGGGAGUGAACAGUUUGUGUAUUCUCAAAAGGGCCGGUCCACUUUUGUCUUUCAUAUAUCAUGCUGUUUUGAGACAUUGUUUGAUUUGUCUGACCUCGUUUAGCGUAUCAGUGAAAUAAAUUGUUGACUAAAUCUUUAUGUUUUUCAUUUAUUAAACUUAUUAAUGGUUCCUCAAUCUGAAGCUAAUUCUCAUCAUGGACUUUUUAUACCCUAGGAAUUAUAGGAAGUCAUCUAGUUUUGUGUUAUCUUAGUUCGAGACCACUAUUAUAUGACUCAUCACACUUGUAGUUAAAACCAUACUCUGUUCUAUUGGUCAAUACAGCAAAAGUCACAAUCAAGUCCAUGCAUUCACAUUUGGUCUGCAUUUUUAAAAAUAAUAUUUAAUGAUAUCUCAUUUCGCUAACCAAACUGAAUUAGAUGGAACGGGAUUCGAACCCGCAACUUUUUGACUAAAGUCAAUUCAGUUAACUGACUUACCACCCAGGCGUGACAGGUCAAUUGUCUAGCACAUUCUGUUUUAUGUAGAAUCUUCUCCCAUCUAAUAAUGACGCAAUAUGAGUUGGAUAAAUUUAGAUAUCUAUAAAGGUGUAAUUAUUUUUCGGCUGUUUGAAAAUCGAUCAGUGUUGUAUUCUCUUAAUUUUCUAGACUGAAUUGAGUACCUAAAAGUUUUAAUGCUCAGCGAAUUACACUUAAAACACUGUAUUAAAAUUUCAAUUUAAGAACGUAUUGCGCCAAGAAGUUAUUCCCUUAUUUUUCUUAUUGUAGACUUUUUAAAAUAGUUUGCACAACAUUUAUCCGCUCAUUCUAUGAAAUAAAUAAUCUAAUGGUUACAACAUUCACGCUAUUAGAGUUAGGUUACAGGUUCGAACUCUUGAAAAUUACCUACUUCAGUUUAGUGUAGGUACCAGGUAAUGCUUGCACUAGCUCAUGUACUUGCAUUGCACUUCAAAGUAGAGUACAUAAAUCUGGUAUAUGAGUAGUUAGACUGUGUGUGUGUGUGUGCACACAUUCAAUCGACAUUUUCAAAUUUAAGUCUUUCAAGUUUUGUUUUAUUUUAUCUGUCCAAUUUUCCCAAUUUCCAUAUAGACAUUUACUUUGUGCUGAUACAUCACAAGAACGUGAUGCUUGGAUUACAUGGUUAAAUGGUUGUAUAGAAUCUUUGAAAGAUUGGAUGCCAGGACAUUUCAAUUGUUUAUCUCGUUAUGAUGCUAAAUUAGAAUUUAAUCAACCAGUAUCAUCUCAACUGGGUGCUUUGUUAAUUCACGGUUUACCAUCACAAUCAUCAUCGUCAUCUUCACCGACAUUAACCAAAUAAACAUUAUGUGACAAUAAUACAUGAAUUUAAAAGUGCUAUCACCACAUGUGCUAUUUUUUUCUCUCUUUUUUUUCUCUCCUCAUUAAUCUAUUGUAUUGUACACGCAAAGUUGAUUGUUUCAAUACAUCAUUUUUAUUCUCUAAAUUUAUUUCAACAAAAAGUUCCUAAUAUACUUAAUGUACUCUCUCUUUUAUUUCAAGUACAUACCCCAUUUUAAAUUGAUUUCUCUUUGUAUAUACACAAAUCUGUCUAUUCGUUACUUCUCUUCCUGAUUUACAUUGUCAACAGUAAUGAAAGUAGUUUGAUUAAACUAUUGUUUAAAAGAUAGUCUUCUUUUUUUUACUUCUCUUUGUUCAUUAUUAGCGCUUCAUUUCAUCUUGCCUAUUUUCUCUAUAUAACAUUCAUUUCUUUAACAUUUCUAUGUUAUGUCUUGUUUUUAUUGACAAAUAUAUACAAUAAUAUAGUAUGGUGUUAUUCUUCUUCUUCUUCUUCAAUAUAAAUAAUUUAUAGACAUGUCCAAUGAAAAUGCGAACUGAACUACUAGAUUUGUUAGUUAUGAAUAGAGUUGAACAAACAAUCUGUUAAAUUGCAUGCAAACAUCAACUUUCCUGUAUCAAUGUAAUUUUGAUAGUCCCUCUGUACUUAAGUACUAUUAAUCUGUGAAUUUUGUC